AUGUUUAGAAAACCAAAAAAUAAAAGAAACAUACGGCAAAAGGAUGAUCAUGUAGAUGGAGAAGAGGAAGAAGUUAGUGUUCAAUUGUCUGACUUAGUAACUUCUCGUAGACCUGUAUCGUCAUUUCAAAAUGUUUCUAAAAAUGAAGAUGAUGCAGAACAGGUUAGUGAACAAUUAAGAAAAACAGUUGUAACAUAUAGUGACAAUGAUGAUGAUGAAUGUGAUGAAUUUAAAAUUAAAAAGAAAAAUCCAAAGAAACGUUAUGAAAAAUUCAAAAAAAGCUUAAAUAAUUCUAAUUAUAAACAAGAUGAAAAAGAAGAAAAUGUUUCUACAGAUAUUUCUUCAUAUACAAAUAAGACAGAUGAUGUUAUUAUGAUUAACGAUUCAAUUGAUACUGAUGUAAUUUUUUUGGGCGAAACAUUAGAUGUAAAUGAAGGAGAUGAUAUUGUAAAUAAAGAAGAAAUUCUCAAAUUAAAAAAGUUACGAGAAAAAAAAAGAAAAGAUCUCGGAAAUGGUUACAUUCCUAUUGAAGAAGGUGAAAUUAUUACAAUAAAUAGUGAUGAUAGUGAUAUUGAGCAGGAAGAUAAUGAAAAAGAAAAAGAUCAGGGUGAAUCAAGUACAGAAAGUAGUUCAGAUUCAAGUUUAGAUUUUGAAGCAGAGCAAAUGUCAAAAGUAAUUAAAAAGAAACAAAUAGUUCAGGCAACAUUUGAAGAAAAAAGAAAUAAAAUUGUAAUGGAUGGAAAAUUUGAUUCAAAUGAAAUGUUUGAUGCUCAAGAUCCAGAUGAUGAUGAUUAUGAAAAUAGAACAUAUAUAGACAUUAAUUUUGAAUUAGAUAAUGAACCGCAAAGAAAUAUUAAAACUAUUAUUGAAAAUUUAACAGUUAAAAAAAGAACACUCCAAGUUAAGUAUGAUGAAUUACUAAAGGCAUCUGAACAUAUAAAAAGAGAUGAAGAAAAUUGUCAAGAAAGGGUAGAUUAUCUUGAAAGUAAUAAAGAAUUUAAUAUUUCAAAAUGUGUAAAAUAUAAAGAAUUAAAAAUAUAUAUUGAAAUUUUGUUAGAAUGUAUCAAUACAAAGAUUGAUGUUAUAAGAGAUUUAGAAAAAAGAUUUAUUGAAAUAAUUAAAGAAAGGAAUACAAAAGUUAUUGGUUUACGAAAAGAUAUGAUAAAAGCAGAGGUUGAUUUUUGUGUAGCACAGAUGAAAAAUAUUCCUUCUAAUGAAAUAGAUCCAUCAACAUGGUUAUUGGUUAGAAAUUUAGAAGAAACAAAUGAUAUCGAAGUAAGGCGAUUGAAAUAUGAUACUCUUGAUAGUGAUACAAAAACAAUUUUAAAAAAUGAAAUUCAAUUAGCCAGUGCUAAACUUGAAAAAGCUUUUGAAGAAACUGAACCAAUAUACUCUGACAUAGAGAAAAUAUUAAUUAAAAUUUUUGAGUGGUUAGAAAUUGAUGAAAAAGGUUUCAAUCAAUGUAACAUUUAUCAACACAUUUGGAAAUUUAUUGCACCAUAUGUAAGAAAAGAAAUGAUAAGGUGGAAUCCAUUAUUUGAUGAAUUGGCGUUUAAAAUUAAUAAAUUCCAGUGGUAUGAGAAAUUACUAAAAAUUUCUGUAGAUGAUCCUUUAAUUAUUGAUAAAAAUCAUGAAUAUAUUGUUAAUUUAAUUCCAUCGAUUAUGGAAAAUGUUGUUGUACCAAAAUUAACACAAAUUAUCAAAGAAGUAUGGGAUCCUUAUUCUAAUGGACAAUGUAUAAAAUUAUCAAAUGUACUUUUUAAUAUAUUAGAUGAAACACCAUCAUUAAAUUCUUCAACAGAAAAUUUAAAUAAUCUUCUUAAAACAAUUGUAGAUAAAUUUGAAACUUGUAUUAGUGAAUCAUUAAUAGAUGUAAAAUACACCGGUAUUAAUUUUUUUACCCCUGAUCAUUGCCCACGUUUAUUAAAUAGAAAUUAUGAUACGGCUAUCACUUUGGUUAAAAAUUUAUUAAAUUUCAAGUUGGUUCUUUCUCAUAAUAUUAUAAAUUCGCUAAUUGAUGAAAAAAUUGCAAAAAAAUAUUGUAUACCAUCUUUAGAAAACUACUUAUUGUAA